ACCUGCUGUUUGACUUCAGCAUUCUGGUCAGAGACGAGACCAUCCCCUGCCACCGCUGUGUGCUGGCGGCCUGCAGUGACUUCUUCAGGGCCAUGUUUGAGGUGAACAUGAGAGAGCGUGAUGAUGGGAGUGUCACCAUGAGCCACCUGUCUCCAAAGGCCAUCCGGGCAUUCCUGGACUUCGCCUAUACCGGCGAAACGGAGAUCACAGACGACAAUGUGGACAUGUUCUUCCAGUUGUCCUCCUUCCUGCAGGUGUCUCUCCUGUCCAAAGCAUGCAGCGACUUCCUCAUCGAGACCCUGGACCUGUCCAACUGCCUGCAGCUGCUGGCUAUCGCCGAAGGCUACGGCUCAACUCGCCUCCACCAGCGUGCCAUGGAGUUCAUUACACAGAACUUCCACGCCCUCACCAAGAUCCCAGACUUCCUCGAGAUGAACGUCGGUGUCUUGGAGAAGUGCCUGGGGGCGGAUGAGCUCUACGUCCCAGACGAGGAGGCAGCACUUAGGGCGCUGCUGUUAUGGACCAAGCAUGACCUGGAGGGCCGGCGCCCACUUCUGCCCCGCCUCCUCUCAAUGGUCCGACUGCACCAGCUGCCCAUUGAAGUGCUGGAGGAGCUCGGCCAGUCAGAGGACCUCCUGUCCAGCAGCGCAGACUGUAUGCAGGCUGUCAGGGACGCCACUGCCAGCCUGCGGGAGUUCAGCGGGUUCUUCCUGGACGCCAGGCCCUCCACCACGGAGCGGUACAUCUACGUGCACAAGACAGAGGAGAACGGGGAGAUCCGCCACACCUUCUGCUACAACAUCGAGACGGACCGCUGGCGGGAGCUCCCCCAGAUGCACAUCACCGACAUGCCCGGCUCCAGCCUGGCUGGCUUCGGGGAGAGCCUGUUCGUCACAGGCGGCUGCAAGGGCAACUGCUGCCGGGCCGUGCGCCUGCACAUCGCCGAGCCCUUCCACAACGCCACGAACGAGACCUGGUGCUACUGCCCCGUGCAGAACAGCUUCCAGCAGGCGCCGCCCAUGAAGAAGCCGCGCACCAUGCAUACCUCCAUCACGGCCCUCCGCCGGAUCUACGUGAUCGGCGGUAAGACCCAUGGGGCCCGGAGCAUCCGCAGUCUGCUGGAUGUGGAAUACUACGACCCCCUAACCAGACUCUGGAGGUCCGUCAGCCCCCUCCCCAGGGGCAUCUACUACCCCGAGGCCAGCGCCUGCCACAGCGUCAUCUACACGCUGGGGUCUGAGGUGGAGAUCGCCGACGUCUUCAACCCGUCCCUGGACUGCUUCUUCAGGUACGACGCCCUGGCUGACCAGUGGUGCCAGCUGGUGGCGGAGUUCGGGCAGUUCUUCCAUGCCACGCUGGUCAAAGCGGUGCCAGUCAACGACACCCUGUACCUGUGUGACCUGUCCACGUACAAGGUGUACAGCUUCUGCCCCGAGACCUGUGUCUGGAAGGGCGAGGGCUCCUUCGAAUGCGCCGGUUUCAAUGCGGGGGCCAUCGGCGUCGCUGACAAGAUCUACAUCCUGGGUGGGGACUAUUCGCCGGACGAAAUCACGGACGAGGUGCAGGUCUAUCACAGCAGUCGCUCGGAGUGGGAGGAGGUCUCUCCCAUGCCUCGAGCACUUACUGAAUUUCACUGUCAGGUGAUGCGCUUCAACCGCGACAGGGACCCCUGGAAGUCUGACGCAUGAACUCGUAAUGACCAACGCGGGACCAAAGCUGCAUUGUUGAUAGGAAUGGCUACGUAACAUGUCUUACUAAGAAAUUAGAUCACAGCUUUUGUUUCUCUUUAGUCUUGAUUCUGUCUUUCAAGCUGUUACCGAAUGCGGGCUGAGAUAUUUCAGAGAAAACUUCCAAAAAAUGUAAUGUCACAUGCUUUUCCUUGAAUGUUUUAAUCCUAUUUUGUUGCCACUUUACAAAUCAAGCGUGUCCCAGUUGGCAGCCAAUUUAAAUAAAAAAAGACAAACAUAGAAUUGCCGUAAAUAAAAAAUAGAUGUGCAAGAAAUCGAAUAACACGUAAAAAGGCCAUUUUCACAUGCCUUCUGUUUGAGGCAUCUGAGACUAGCUGAGACUCAUGAACAGGCCAACCCUGCCUCACUCUAUGCUGCAGAGACUGUGAUUUUGGCCUCUUGCCAUGGUCACCUCCCUUGCCAAUCAUCCCAAGGCCCUUUCCAAAGUAGUACUUGAACAUAUACCAGCACCACACCACUCACAGCACAUCUGCAAUGAAAAGCUCUU